GUGGCAGCGCUCGGCCGCCUCCCGGCGGGCUUUGCGCGCGGUGCCGCCCCUGUCACCCUCAGGGUCGGGCGGGGAAGAUGGCGGCGGGGCCGGGGAAGCACAAGCUGCUGAGCGCCGGCCCCACCGAGCCCUGGUCCAUCCGCGAGAAGCUCUGCCUGGCCUCCUCCGUCAUGCGCAGCGGCGACCAGAACUGGGUCUCAGUCAGCAGAGCCAUCAAACCCUUUGCAGAGCCAGGACGCCCACCUGACUGGUUUUCCCAAAAGCACUGUGCAUCUCAGUACUCAGAGCUCCUGGAAACCACAGAGACCCCAAAAAGAAAACGUGGUGAGAAGGGAGAAGUUGUGGAAACCGUGGAAGAUGUUAUUGUGAGGAAACUGACUGCAGAGAGGGUGGAGGAGUUGAAGAAAAUUAUUAAAGAAACACAGGAAAAAUACAGGCAACUCAAGAAGGAUGCAGAGCUGAUCCAGGCCGGACACAUGGACAGCAGACUGGAGGAGCUGUGCAAUGAGAUUAUGAUAAAGAAAAAAAUGGAAGAGGAGGAGGCAGAAGUCAAGAGGAAGGCUACAGAUGCUGCUUAUCAGGCUCGCCAGGCCAUCAAGAACCCCCCUCGCAGACUCACGGGGGUGAUGGUUCGUUCUCCCGCUGGCUCCACCUCCCCGGGCGGGGAUUAUUCCCUCGGAGAUCUGUCCCAGCCUGCCGGGGAUGAGGCCAGCCCUGGGGUCACGCCAGGGACAUUGCCCAGCACCCCAGUUGCCUCCUUCAUUGGAAUCCCUGACACCCCUCCAGGCUCUGCUCCCCUGGAUGCCCCCAUGACCCCAGUCACUGAUGAUUCACCCCAGAAAAAGAUGCUAGGACAAAAAGCAACUCCGCCUCCUUCCCCUCUGCUCUCAGAGCUGCUGAAGAAGGGCAGUCUCCUGCCCACAAGCCCCAGGCUGGUCGGUGAAAAUGAAAUGGCAGUGGCUUCUGGUCACAUGAACAGCUCUGGAGUGCUGCUGGAGGUAGGGAGUGUCCUUCCAGUGCUGCACAGUGGGGAAAUGCAGUCAGCACCUGGGGCUGUCCCUGCAUCUCCAGCUGCUUCAGGUGCUCCUACGCUUUCCCGGCUUUUAGAAGCUGGCCCUGCACAGUUCACCUCACCUCUUGCUUCCUUCUCCGCUGUUGCCAGCGAGCCUCCAGCUAAGCUCCUGCCACCCCCCGUAGAGCCUGUGUCCCAGGCCACUAUUGUCAUGAUGCCCACGCUGUCAGCACCAGCCGUUGUGCCACCAGCUGCAGCUGCAGAAAGCGCAGCCACAGUGAGCCAGCCAGAAGCCUGUGUUUCCAUGGAGGCAGUGUCUGAUUCCCAUACUGUGACAGUGUCCAUGGACAGCAGUGAAAUAUCAAUGAUCAUUGAUUCCAUCAAGAAAGAGUGCCUGGGUUCUGGGGCUGGCAGCACGGCAGGAUCUUCCAAAGAUCACUGCAUGGAUGGCAAAGAAGAUCUGGAUUUAGCUGAAAAAAUGGAUAUUGCGGUGUCCUAUACGGGGGAAGAGCUGGACUUCGACACAGUUGGAAAUAUUAUAGCCAUCAUUGAGGACAAGGUAGACGACCACCCUGAAGUCCUGGAUGCAGCAGUUGUUGAAGCUGCUCUGUCUUCUUUCUGUGAAGAUUCCGAUGACCCUCAGACCCUGCCUGGCCCAUGGGAACAUUCCAUUCGUCAGGAGCAGGAGAAGCAGGCCCAGAUGCCACAAGUGUCUGUGACAGUGAAGCAGGAGAGACUGGAGUGUGAGGAGCCAGAGGCAAAGGGAAUUCGAGACCUAAUGGGCAUCAGUGAGCUGGGGUCAGAAAUAAAGACAGAACUUGCAGAGCAAGACCAGAGUCAGCUGGGCCCUGAAGAAACCAUACCAGCAACUGCAAGAGUGGCAGAAACACCAGAGCUUAGAAACCAGGAGAUAGAAGAAGAACAAAGAGCAGCUGUAACAUCAGGAGAGACUUCUGAAAUCAAGAUAGAGUCGUCCCAGGGAGAAGAUGCAGUGCUCAAUCCAGUGAAGACAGAGACCCCACCUGAUGAUGAUUCAUCCCCUCCACAAGUCCCAAAUGUGAGUGAAGACUCCUCACAGGCUGAUGUUCAGCACAAAUUUGAGCUGUCAGAGUCAAUGAAGGAGGAGGCCCAAGCCCUGUUUAGGAGUCAGAUAAAGGAUGGGCAGGGUGAGGAGGAUGAUGAGGACGGUGCCAGUGAGGCUGCCAGUUUGGAGGAACCCAAAGAAGAGGACCAGGGUGAGGGGUAUCUCUCAGAGAUGGAUAACGAGCCCCCCGUGAGUGAGAGCGACGACGGCUUCAGCGUCCACAACGCGCCCUUGCAGUCGCACGCGCUCGCCGACUCCAUUCCCAGCAGCCCGGCCUCCUCGCAGUUCUCAGUGUGCAGUGAGGACCAGGAAGCAAUUCAGGCUCAGAAGAUCUGGAAGAAAGCCAUCAUGCUGGUUUGGAGAGCAGCAGCUAAUCACAGGUAUGCCAAUGUGUUCUUACAGCCUGUAACUGAUGACAUAGCACCAGGCUACCACAGCAUCGUGCAGAGGCCAAUGGAUUUGUCUACCAUCAAAAAGAACAUUGAGAACGGGCUGAUCCGAACCACAGCCGAGUUCCAGAGGGAUAUUAUGCUGAUGUUUCAGAAUGCAGUGAUGUACAACAGCUCUGACCAUGAUGUGUACCACAUGGCCGUGGAGAUGCAGAGAGAUGUCCUGGAGCAGAUCCAGCAAUUUCUGGCCACACAACUGAUGAUGCAAACAUCGGAGUCAGGGAUCAGCGCAAAGAGCCUGCGGGGGCGAGACUCCACUCGCAAGCAGGAUGCUUCAGAGAAGGACGGAGGCACCAGAGGGCGGCGCUGCGCCAUCGAGGCAGACAUGAAGAUGAAGAAAUGAUGCUGCAGACCAAAAUCCCUGCAGAAUCCCAGGCAUCCGGAGCUGGAGUGCGAGCAGGCAGCUCUUAACUGCUGUUGGAGGAGGAAGAAAAGCUGCAGGUCCAUUUCUGGGACCUGGUUCACCACCUUCACUCGCCCUUCUGGAAAGCAGUGUCAUGUCAGAACGUGUAACCCAAAGAAAUUUCUCCAGAGGGGAAGACCAGCCCCCCUGCCUGUUUUAGGGCAGUCUUGGGCUUCAUCAGUGUUCUGGUGUUAGCUAGCAACUGGUGGCUCGUAUGUACUGUAAUGUGAAGUGUACAGAUUUUUACUAGUGAUGUGUAAAUGUGAUGUAUAUUAAAAUCUGAGAACAAA